UUGAAGAUUAAAGAGCAAUAUCAGGUGGAUUGAUACUGAUUUUUGAAAAAGAAAAGCUUUCAAAUGCUAAAGAAACAUUAAUAAUUAAAGUUGAAAGAUGAAAUAACUAUUUUUAGACAAUAUUUUUUUAAUAUUUUUAAAAGAAUUAUGGGGAUGUAGUACGGUCGACUUUCGUUAAUCUUUCUUAUAAGCAAUGCUCUUAAAAUCUGCUUCCAAGAUAAUCUAUUUCAAAUCAAGCAGUGAACCCCAAGCUUCAAAAAAUGACCUUUAUUUUAUGCAACUUCUAAACAUAUAUUUUCAUAUAUAAACAAUAAACCAAAACACAUUAUUACAUACAUAUACCAAACAACAACACUCAAUUACUUCACAUAAAGAAAAUCCAAGAUGAUUUUCUCCCUUCUCGUUUGCAUGAUCGUGUGUGCUUGCUUCCAAAUCUGCUUGACAGACUACGAUAAUCUCCAGGAUACUUGUCCAGCAGCUCCCACAAGCAAGCAGCCUAUCUUCAUCAAUGGUUUGCCUUGCAAGAACCCAGCCACCAUCACUCCUUCAGAUUUCAAGUCAUCAAAACUGAGUCUCCCUGGUGACACAGACAACUUUUUUCGUUCCUCAACAACCAUUGUCACUGCUGCAGAGUUCCCUGGACUCAACACGCUGGGCCUCUCAAUUGCCAGGACAGACCUUGAUGUGGAUGGGGUGGUAUUGCCGCAAUCCCACCCAAGAGCCUCUGAGCUGUUCUUUGUCAGUGCAGGUGUAGUGAUUGCUGGAUUUGUCGACACCAACAACCAACUCUUCCAGAAGAUUCUCAAGGAAGGAGAAGUGUUUGUGCUUCCUCGGGGGCUGCUUCACUUCUACUUGAAUGCUGGCAAUGAGGCUGCCACCAUUUUCUCAGUACUCAGUAGCCAGAAUCCAGGGGUGGUGAGUGUUGCUGGUGCCAUGUUCGAGUCUGAUCCAGAUGUGUUAAACAAGCUUGUGACCAAAAUAAGAUCUCUUUCUUCAUCACACAAUAAUGGCUCGGAAAAUGCCACUCUAUUCGGAUUUUAUUAGAAUUUUAAGUUGAUACAAUGAUAAAAUAAUAAUAUUUCUCUAUUAAAAAAGAACAUGAUGUAUCUAAUUUUGUUUAAAGUUACUUAUACGAGAACUCGAAUGGAGUGCUCAGGAAAAUAAAAUAAAUAGAUAAAUAAAGUUUUCAUCUCCUAAUUAGUAUCAAAUAUUAAAAAAGAUGCACUGUUGGAAUUUCACACUCCUAUAAUUAUGUCGGCUUAUAAAUUUAAAAUGAAGAAAGGGUAUAUUAUUGUUUUUUAAAAGAUGCAUGGGGAAAUUUCAUAAUUCUAAAAAAGUGGGGGUCAAACUGAACUUCUCUCGCUAAGUUGUGAAGACAAACAACUCCCCUGGCAUUUGAACAGACCUUUUAUCGCUCAUUCCGCGCCAAACAGCAGGCCAAAGUAGAAGGAGAGAUGGUAGUAGCAUGCUUCCUGUUCGAUCUAUGCAGCAUAUCGCCUCCAUUGCUUAAAGACCUAAAGCAGAUACAACAGAAGCUUCUCUCACUCCCCCUGGCCCCUCUCAUCGAACAUAUCCCUUCUAUGGAAGUUCUAGCGAUAGUUUCCGUGAUUGAUUGAUUAAUUGAUUGACGGAGUUGUGGAUUUUGGCAGUGCUUGUUGCAACUCGCCAAUUUGUAUGCGAUUUCAUCCCCUUCGUCGUCGCGUCAUCGGUCCGAGUGUCUCAGAGACAGGAUCGGUUUGUGCUAUGUCUUCAAAAAUCGCAUUUCCUCAUCUUAUGAGUUAAAAAUCGCAUAUAGCCCUGGAGAAAAUUUCGGUCUCCGUGAUUUCAUCACGCUGUUAACAACUUGCCUGGAGAUGCCUUUUUGCCUGAAAUCGACGAUUCCCGCGCUCUCCGGUCAGGCGAUUUCUAGUAGAUGUAAAAUUACCAACCGUUUUGAGUGAUGUUCUUUACUCCUGGGAAGAUAAGGAUUUUAUGAGAAAAGUGAUUGUUUUGACCUCCUGCUUACCUGAGAAAAUAGACACAGCCAUGAAAAAUACUCUUACGGAUGCUGCAGAUAAGUGUGUUUCAGUGGAGUUUGUGUUGUUUGAUCAAAGCGCAAGUCAUCUCAGCAACGUACAGGAGAAUAUCAAUUGCUUCGCAAGAAGUUUAGCUGAUCUUGAUAAUUGCUCAUUUCAGACUUUUCUCCCAGGUUAAAUACUCCCAUGCUUUCUAGGUUUGUGUUGCAUCCAAACGAGUUUCUUUAUGCUUCAUCGGAGAGUACCAACACAAUUGCGUCCUGGGCUAAAAUUUUUGUUUGUCGCAAUUAAGCUCAGUAUUCCUUGGAUGUAAACGGCUUUAAUUGCAUAUGCCAAAAAGAUACUAACAAGUCAACGUAUGAGAUUUCUUGCGUAAUUUGUAUUUUGCAUUAAAUUAAACAACUUUGCAGAUAGCAGACUAUUUCAUAGUCUGGUGAAACAAUGGCUACUGGAUUUGAGGGAUGACGUGGAGGAACCAUUGCAAGCUCGAUUUAUCUUUAAAAGCAACCUUGUAGGCUCUUUGAAUCAGAUAAACUGCAGCUUGUCAAUAUCUGUCGGUCAUAAAAUUGACGGUUUCGAUGCUUGUAAGGUGUCAUGGCAUUGUGUUAGAUAAUGAAG